AUGGCUCCGAUCGACGUGGAAAAGACAAUUGAGGAGCUCACACUGGGUGAGAAGGUGGCUUUGACAGCCGGACGCGACUUUUGGCACACGGCUCCCAUUCCCCGCCUCAACAUCCCUUCUCUGCGCAUGUCCGAUGGACCCAACGGCGUUCGCGGCACCCGGUUCUUCAAUGGCAUCCCCGCUGCCUGCUUUCCCUGCGCCACCGCGCUAGGUGCAACCUGGGAUGCCGAGCUAUUAUCCCAGGUAGGUGAGCUCAUGGGCGAGGAGGCUAUUGCCAAGGGAACACACAUCGUGCUGGGUCCGACAAUCAACAUUCAGCGGUCACCGCUAGGUGGACGAGGGUUCGAAUCCUUUUCCGAAGAUGGUGUGCUAUCGGGUACACUGGCCGGGCAUUUUUGCAAAGGAAUGCAGGACAAAGGUGUCGCGGCCACGUUGAAGCACUUCGUCUGCAAUGACCAGGAACACGAGCGAAUGGCCGUCAACAGUAUCAUCACCGAGCGUGCCUUGCGUGAAAUAUAUCUGCUGCCGUUCCAGCUCGCCUUGCGCAUCUGUCGCUCGGCAUGCAUCAUGACCGCGUACAAUAAAGUCAACGGUACCCACGUCAGCGAGAACAAGGUUAUCAUCAAUGAUAUUCUGCGCAAGGAAUGGGGAUGGGAUGGUCUGGUCAUGAGUGAUUGGUUCGGUACUUACAGUACCUCUGACGCCAUCAACGCCGGUCUCGACAUCGAGAUGCCUGGCAAGACUCGUUGGCGCGGGGAGGCUCUUGCUCAUGCCGUGUCUUCGAACAAGGUCGCCCCGUUCAAGCUUGAUGAGCGUGUGCGCAACGUUCUCAACCUGAUCAAUUGGGUCGAGCCGCUUGGUAUCCCCGAGGGUGCUCCCGAGAAAGCCCUGAACCGACCCCAGGACCAAGCGCUCAUGCGUCGUGCAGCUGCCGAGUCAGUUGUUCUCUUGAAGAACGAGAACGACGUGCUCCCGCUCAAGCAGAAUGGAUCCGUCCUGGUCAUAGGGCCUAAUGCCCGGAUGGCAUCUUACUGUGGCGGUGGCUCAGCUUCCCUCGCGCCGUAUUAUACCGUCACUCCAUUGGAAGGGGUGUCGGCGAAGAGCACAGGAGAUGUCCAGUUCACGCAGGGGGUCUAUUCUCACAAGGAACUACCGCUCCUCGGACCGCUCAUGAAGACUGCGGAUGGCAAGACUGGCUUCACUUUCAAGGCCUACAAUGAGCCGCCCAGUGCCAGUCAGGAUCGUGAAAUCGUGGACGAGCUGCAUCUGGUUGGAUCCAUCGGGUUCCUCAUGGACUAUGUCAACCCCAAACUCAAAUCUUUGACCUUCUACGUCGACAUGGAAGGAUUCUUCACCCCUGAGGAGGAUGGCUUGUAUGACUUUGGCGUUACCGUCGUCGGUACCGGUCGACUGCUGGUCGAUGACGAGUUGGUAGUUGACAACACCAAAAACCAGAGACAGGGUUCUGCCUUCUUCGGUACUGCGACCGUCGAAGAGCGUGGUGUAAAAGAGCUCAAGGCGGGACAGACUUAUCGAGUUUUGUUCGAAUUCGGCAGCGCGCCUACUUCAGACCUUGAUACUCACGGCAUUGUCGCCUUUGGAGGCGGCGGAUUCCGCUUUGGUGGCUGUCGGCGAGUCGACGAGGAGGAGUUGAUCAUGACCGCCGUUGAAAAGGCCUCUCAGGCCGAGCAGGUCGUGAUUUUCGCAGGUCUCACUAGUGAAUGGGAGACCGAAGGCUACGACCGCGAUCAUAUGGAUCUCCCUCCCGGCAGCGACGAGCUAAUCAGUCGCGUCCUGGCCGUCAACCCGAAUGCUGUCGUGGUGAUCCAAUCCGGCACUCCAGUUACGAUGCCAUGGGCACAAGACGCCCGUGCCAUCGUGCAGGGCUGGUUCGGUGGCAAUGAGUGCGGCAAUGGUAUUGCUGAUGUGCUUUACGGCGAUGUCAAUCCCUCCGCCAAACUACCGAUCACGUUCCCACGUCGUCUCCAGGAUAAUCCUUCGUACAUCAACUUUCGCUCUGAACGAGGCCGUGUUCUCUAUGGUGAAGACAUCUAUGUCGGCUAUCGCUUCUUCGAGAAGAGCGAUGUGACACCAGCCUUCCACUUUGGCCACGGUCUCUCCUAUACCACUUUCAGUCGCUCUAACCUUAGCAUCAGCACUGUUCCCGAACAACCACAGUACUCAGAAGCCGGCGAGCCCAUCAGUGCCGAAGUGACUGUCACCAACACCGGAUCGCUUGCGGGUGCCGAAAUUGUUCAGCUCUGGGUCAUCCCGCCGUCCACGGAUGUAAACCGUCCCGUGCGCGAGCUCAAGGCUUUCCAGAAGGUCUUCCUUCAGCCUGGGGAAUCUAAGACGGUGCAGCUCGUCGUGGAGAAGAAGCUAGCGACGAGCUGGUGGGAUGAGCAGCGUGAGCAGUGGAUCUCGGAGAAAGGCCAGUACCAGAUCUUGGUGACUGGUACUGGCAAGGAAGAGCUACGGGGCGAGUUCGAGGUUGGCAAGACCCGUUUCUGGCUUGGUCUAUAG